UCUGGAUUGUGAUCAUGUGCUUCAAGCCCUGAGUGAGCUGCCAAAGAGGAAGUGCGACUUGUUUUCUUUUUCUUGAUUCCUCUGCUGUAGGAAGAUGAAAGGUGGAGGCGGCGGCGGCAGCAGCAGCAGGAGGAGGAGGCGGCAAACUUAACCAGGAAAGUCUGCCAAUUCUGGAAGAGCUCAAAUGGAGGCCCCUGAGUGGGACCCUUUGAAAAAUGACACUUCUCCAUCAACCUUAAGUCCAGCCUUGCCUCCGUAUGUCAAGCUAGGGCUGACCAUUGCCUAUACAGUCUUUUAUUCACUCCUGUUUGUGUUCAUCUAUAUCCAGUUGUGGUUGGUCCUCCACUAUAGGCACAAGAGGUUUAGUUAUCAAACUGUCUUUCUGUUUCUGUGCCUGCUCUGGGCCUGUCUUAGGACAGUGCUGUUUUCGUUUUACUUCAAAGACUUUGUCAGCGCAAAUUCUCUCAGCCCCUUCACCUUCUGGCUUCUGUACUGUUUCCCAGUGUGCCUCCAAUUUUUCACACUGACACUGAUGAAUCUUUACUUCACUCAGGUGAUUUUUAAAGCUAAAUCAAAAUACUCACCAGAACUACUUAAAUACAGGUUGCCUCUCUACUUGGCAUCUUUCUUUUUCAGCUUACUUUUCCUACUGGUGAAUCUGACAUGUGCGGUGCUCGUGAGAAUGGAGAAUUCAGAAAGUAAAAAUAUUGUAUUGGUCAGGGUUGCUAUAAAUGACACAUUGUUUGUGCUAUGUGCCAUUUCGCUUUCCAUCUGUCUCUACAAAAUUUCCAAGAUGUCCUUAGCGAAUAUUUACUUGGAAUCCAAGGGUUCAUCAGUAUGUCAAUUAACAACCAUAGGAGUGACUGUUAUACUACUUUACACUUCAAGAGCUUGUUACAAUCUUUUCGUGCUGUCAUUUUCUCAGAGCCGGGCAGUGAAUUCUUUUGACUACGACUGGUACAAUGUAUCUGAUCAGGCAGAUCUGAAAUGCCAGCUGGGAGAUGCUGGAUAUGUAGUAUUUGGAAUAAUACUUUUUGUGUGGGAGCUCCUGCCUACUUCCUUAGUUGUAUUCUUCUUCCGUGUUCGAAACUCUACAAAAGACCUAACCAACCCAGGAAUAGUACCAAGUCAUGCAUUCAGUCCGAGAUCUUAUUUUUUUGAUAAUCCUCGCAGAUAUGAUAGUGAUGAUGAUUUAGCAUGGAGCAUAUCACCACACAGCAUACAUGGCAGUUUCUCUCCUGAUUACCAUGACUGGGGACAUCAACAGUAUAACAGUUUUAUGACUCAUGUUGGAUCCUUGCAGCACGAUUCUAUAUCAGAGAUUGAAUGACCAAGCUCAACAAAGUGCCACACCAAUGACAAUUUUUAAAAUUAUUUAAAAGUUAUAGGAUAUUGUGGUGUCAGUAAGACAAGUUACAAAGUGGUAAAAUGGCUCAGCAAAAAAUGUAGAUGGAAAAACUAUUUAUGAAGUCAUACUUCAGUUACACUUUCAUUCCACAAUACCACGUUAAGGGCAUGUUCCUGCAAAGAUUUGCACAUUGAAUAACUACGAUAAACUCUUACUGAGGUCAGAGAAUCUAUUCUUUCUAAUGAAGAAUGAGGACAGAAGGAAGCCUUUGCAAGACUGGGUCUUCAGAGUAAAUACAUGUUUUAUAUUUUAAUUAUUUUUAUGUUGAAAAAAAUACUGCUGGAAGUGUAUAGCAUACUUUUCUAUGUUGUAACUUUUAAUUAUGUUCAGAAAGUAUCACAUUCCCUUUAUAAAGCACUCUUUAUGGCUUAA